AUGCUGUCAGCGUCUUAUAGUGGCUACAAAGUAACAAAGCCAAGGAAAGGUGCUUCGUUCAAGGUGCCAGCCGCAACUUCAUUGUACAAUAAAACCACUGUGUUUCCAAGAUUUGAAAAGCGUGAGAUACCAAGCAUCUCACCGGAACUCGCCCGACUAAAGGAGCAGAUUGAAGAUGGAAAGAAACUCUCUGUUGAGGAGUACCUCGAAAGUUCACAUUUCAAGUUCAAAGAAGGUCUGGGGCAACAGUCGUUGGACUCUUUGAAAGAAGCACUCUUGUUGCUUCAUCCAAGGACAAGACCUUUGGUAGCAGUUGAUUGCGAAGCUUACGAGCAUGGACACAACAAGAUCACGGAAAUUGGGAUAGCCAUACUAAAACCCCAAUCAACUACAGUAUCACAGAUUAAAGCAAUUCAUAUAAUAAUUAAGGAACAUCUACACAAGAGAAACUCCAAAUAUGUGCCCGACAACAAGGACAAAUUCCUCCAUGCAACUUCAUACAUAAUGAAGGAGAAGGAUGCAAUAUCUACAUUGAAGCUAGUACUAGAUAAAUACAUCACAGCUCAAGAUGGGGUGUUGGUUGGCCAUUCAAUAAGCUCGGAGAUAAAGUAUUUCAAAAGUUUGGGAAUUGAGUUGCUGCCUACAGUCAAGAUGUUGGACACGUUGAAAUUGCACAAACUUGGCAGAAGCAACGGUGGUUCGCUAGGCGGAUGCCUUAAGCUAUUAGGACUACCUUGUAGUUACUUGCACAAUGCCGGAAACGAUGCCUACUACACGUUGUUGGUGGCCUUGUCAUAUUGUGAUCCAGUAGUCCGUAUUCAAAAGAAUUUGGACAUAUAUUCGUCUAGCGAGUUUACCGAAAAGUAUCCACACGACAAAAAUACUGCUUUUGUUAAAGUCGAUGAUAUUUCUUUGUUAGAUUUGUAG